GAGCGAGCACGGCGCGCGCCAAGUACGUCCAGCCCAGCCAUGCCCCUGCGUGGGGCCCAGCAGGAGAUUGACAUGUUUGGCAGGGAAUGGAACUGGAGCCCGGCCUUGAUGCCGCUCAUUGGGGUGGCGUUGAUCCUCUUCAAGACGCUGGUCAUCAUUUGCGGGCUUCAGUUGCUCCGGUAUGCUGUCAUGGUGGAGCAGCGCCGGAGAUUAAAGUUCAGACUAGCGGGCUUGUCCAUGGCAAUGGCCAUCGGGCCCCUUGCGGAAGUCUCCGCGUAUGCCUUUGCCCCGCAAUCGCUUCUAGCGCCCCUUGACGGCUUUGACGUCAUUUGGAACAUUUUGUUGGCGCCCUACACCCUGGGUGAAAGCAUCAACUCCGCAAAGAUCAUGGGCACAGGCCUCGUCUUUGCUGGUGCCGUGGCCGCCCCUAGCUUUGGGCCUUACGAGAAGCCACCAGAGUCGAUGAGCUCCCUGCGCGACAAAUUUGUCAGCCGCAACUUCCUGGGGUGGGCGCUGGUGUGCCUGGCGUUGGCAGUUUGCGCUUUUUUGGCACUGCCGCAGAAGCGGCAAAACGGUGGCCGCGCCCCGGUGGCGCGGGGCAUGGUGCUGGCCAUGGGCGGCGGCUUCGUAGCCGGUCAGCGUUAUUUUUUGUCGUCCACCGCCACUGUGGUGCACACAUCCUUCGACGAGGGCAACUGGGAGAUGUGGUCUGUUCCACUGCCCUACUUCAUCAUAGGGGGCAUGAUCUUCUGCGCACUGACCAAUGCCCUGCUUCUCAACAAGGGCCUGUCUGAGUUUGAGGCGAUGUUCAUGAUCCCAACCUUCGUCGGAACCUCCAUCGUCACAACUGCCGUCUCAGCCACUGUGAUCCUCCAUGAGACAGCGAGUCUUCCACCCUGGAGGCUGCUUGGCUACUGGUUCGGCAUUUCGCUGGUCGUCAGUGGCCUGGUCAUCAUUGCACGGGAUGCCCGACGGGAGCUCAGCAGCUGCAACGACGUCGGGGUUGAGCAAUUGCCAGGCAUCGCUGACAUCCGGCCCCUCAACACUGAGCACCGUGCAGUUGUACCGGUGAACAUCCAAGAGGGAGCGCGCAGCUGAUGACGCCCUCCAUCCAGGGCUGACGACAGAGCCCGCGACGGUCCUGCAGGGCGAGCAGGAGCAACGGACCUGAACGAAGAUGCCAGGUGCCUGAAUUUUGUCUCACAAGGAUUCUUCUGCUGUCAGGGCAGAGGCCCUAAACGGCUCAGUGGCGCGCAAUUUGGAGCCCGAAAGGGUUGCUCGUGCAGACAUUUUCCCGUCACCACCCAAAGCCUCACAGCAUCAGCAUGCAAACAGCAGCCGGCUCCAAGGUCCUUAACAUCGUUUUCCAGUUGCCCUUUGUGAAGCAGAGGGCAGUCCGAACGGAUGAUUUUGUGGCACAGUUUCGGUCACAGCGGGUAGUCCCUGCCCAGCUGUCCCGGCAAAUGCGCAGAUCCUCGCAGGGCCAACGGGCCUGGUUUGAGGCCUAGCCUGAAGGCCGCAAGUAAUGCCUGCCUGUUGUUCCCGCGGCUAAAUGGCCCCUUGAAAUGUAUAUAGAGGUAAGUCGCUGUCAGCCCUUUCCAUCCUGGAGCAUUUUUCAAGCCAGCAAAUCUCAGAAAGGUCUGUGAGUCAGGACUCAGGGACGGAUGCGCAAUGAGCCUGUGCCACGCUAGG